UCCAACGGGCGGUAUCGUUUUCGUUUAUCGCAAUUUUUGUUUGGAUUUUGGAAUAAGAAUUUUGAUCUUUUCUUAAAGUGUUGCGAUAGAAAUAUUCAAUAAAAACCUUAUUGUUUAUAUUUAUUAUUUUAUUGUGUGAUAAAAAAAAAACUAGACACUAAUGGAGUCACGAUUGCCGAAACCAUCGGGCUUAAAAAGGCCAAUUUCGGUAACGAAGAAUAUUUUACCAAUGGACCGCAUCAAAUCAAAUUCCAAUAUGUUAAAAAUGCAUCAUAAUAAUUCUUUGAGUUCUGUUUCUGGACCUCUGUCCAGAGAUAUCGCUAAUAUUCCUUCGUUUAAUAUGCGAGGACGCCCUUUAUCGCCUAACCUGCCAAGAGUUCAGGAGAAUAGAGCAAAACUACGCCGCAGUCGCUCGGUGUGUGAUCUUCAAAUGAACGCUAAGAGCCGAGCUCUAAAGACUGCUGACAAUAUACCCACAAAAGCAUCAUUGCGGCUUCCUCUAGCGCUCAAUGGUUUUUCUAACUCUGGCAAUGGAAACGACGCAUUUAAGUUCAAUCAAAAAGCCAAAAUGCGAAGAAGUCGUUCGGCUUGUGAUUUGCGGAUGAAUGAAGCGCGAGCACCAAAACGAGCGGAGAUUACUCAUGCCCCGAUCCCAACUAAAAUGGCCCGAAUGCACACCACUACGAACAUAGCACCCCGUACUGCCCUACUUCCCAAUCGCAAUAAACCUACAGGAGCAACAAACUCAAAUACAAGUACCAAGAGCAAUGCAAGCAACACAUCUGGCCCAAAUUUCAAAGCCGGCGCCGCCGCCAAAAACACAUCGACUUCUUCAUCUACAACAGGAGCAGCCAAGCCCAUAAACAAACGAAUCGCACCGUAUGACUAUAAGGCUCGUUACAAUGAUCUUCUGGAGAAACACAAAACACUCAAGGAUAAGUACGAAGAAAUGCGAGACAAUUUGUCGAGCAUGGAAAAUCUUCCCGAGCAAUUCGAAGAAUCCCAAGCGCAGCUGUUCUCUGUUCGAGAGGAAUUGAAAAAUGCUCAAACCGAAGUCGAAUGCUUAAAGAGGCAAACCAACUCACAGAGCAUUAAGAUAACUUCUAUUACAAAUUGUCUGGAAUCUACAAAAGAAGAUUUAGAAAAACUCAAGGAAGAUUUUGAGAAACUCUUUAACAACCACGCAAUCUUGGAAAAAGAAGCUAUUGAACUCCGAUCAACGACAUCGGUUCUUACGAGUGAAAAUUCAAAACUUCUCAUAGAACUAGCAGCAUGCAAGGACCAGCUUUUUCAAGCCAAUAUGGAACGCAAAGACUUACACAAUGCUGUCAUGGAUCUGCGUGGCAAUAUUCGGGUGUUCUGUCGUGUGCGGCCACCACUUGAAUACGAAGAAGAUCGAUUGUUGUGCGGUUGGAAUUACCUGGAUGAGACUUCGCUCGAAAUUCAUAAUUUAGAAAUGCAAGCUUCAGGAGCCAAAAACAAAGUUUCGAGCCAUGCAUUUUCAUUUGAUCACGUAUUCCAUUCGCGAUCAAGGCAGGAAGAUGUUUUCGAAAUGGUAUCACCAUUGAUCCAGUCCGCCCUUGAUGGGUAUAACAUUUGUAUUUUUGCAUAUGGUCAAACUGGCAGUGGAAAAACUUACACAAUGGACGGAAUACCAUCGAAUGCUGGUGUAAUUCCGCGAACUGUAGAUUUGCUUUUUGAAUCGGUCAAGAAUUAUAAAAAUCUAGGUUGGGAAUAUGAGAUCAAAGUGACCUUUUUGGAGAUCUAUAACGAAGUACUGUACGAUUUAUUGAGCAAUGAACAGAAGGAAAUGGAAAUUCGAAUGUCGAAAAAUAAUAAAUCCGACAUUUACGUAACUAAUAUAACCGAAGAAAGAGUCAAUAGCGCCAGCCGCCUGCGCCAAUUAAUGGAUGUUGCCAAAAUGAACCGUGCCACUGCAGCCACAGUAGGAAAUGAUCGUUCGUCACGAUCGCAUGCAGUAACAAAAAUCGAACUUAUUGGUUCGCAUGCCGAAAAAAAUGAAAUAUCAGUUGGAACUAUUAACCUGGUUGACUUGGCAGGUUCGGAGAGUCCAAAAACUAGUAUACGAAUGAAUGAGACUAAAAACAUCAACCGCUCACUAAGUGAACUGACAAAUGUUAUCUUGGCACUGCUACAAAAACAAGAUCAUAUUCCGUAUAGAAAUUCAAAGUUAACACAUUUAUUGAUGCCGAGUUUGGGAGGAAACUCAAAAACUCUUAUGUUCAUAAAUGUGGCUCCGUUCCAAGAUUGUUUUGUAGAGUCUGUGAAAUCUCUUCGAUUCGCUGCAACUGUUAACUCAUGCAAAGUAGCCAAAGCAAAGAAAAAUAAAUUUCUCAAUACAUCAGCAUCGUUUGGGUGAAAAAAUAUCGUCCGACAACAAGAGAGGUGGUGCAAAGCUGAAACAUAAUGUGGGUGUUUUAUUUACUGUUGCAUAUUAGUUGUUUAUUUUAUUCUUUAUUUUUGUAUUAUUAUUUAAUAAAAUAAAACAUGUGA